AUGGCGCCGCGGGUGUUCGGCGUCGGCGUGGAUGUGGCGCUGGUGUCGCGCUUCGAGCGGAGCUUCGCGCGCUUCGGGGAGCGGCUGCUGAGACGCGCCUUCCACCCGACAGAGAUCGCCGAGUUCUACGCGCGCCCGAGCGCCGAGCGCGCGACGUUCCUGGCCUCGCGGUGGGCGGUCAAGGAGGCGACGUUCAAGGCCUUCCAGCGCUAUCGCGUGCCGUUCCCAGAGAUCCACGCGGUGCGAAGGGGCCUGGAGAGGCCUGCUGUGCCCACGGCUCUGCCGGUGACGGAGCACUCCAAGGCGCUGCGCCUGCAGUUCUCGGGCGAGACGGAGGCGCUGGCCAAGCGGCUGCGAUUGGUGGAGCCUCACGUGUCCAUUUCGCACGACGGGGACUACGCGGUGGCGUACGUGCUGCUGCAGCAGGAGGUCGACGGCGAGCUGAGUGAAACAAUGACAAGUUAA